CGCACGUAACCUUGCUCUUCACCGGUUAGCAGAUGUAAACACGUUAAACAGUUUGUAUUAUUGUGUUUAGUUGUUAGCAUUAUUCCGGAGCGAUGAGUAAAUAUAUUUUACCAAUUUCUUUCUUCGGAACAGUGGCUGGCUGCGCUGUUUUACUGAAAAACCAUUUGGGUGGAGGCCGGUGUCCCAGUAAGGCCACAAUUAAAGGAAAAACCGUAGUAAUAACAGGCGCUAACACAGGCAUUGGGAAGGCAACGGCUCAAGAACUGGCAAAAAGAGGGGGUCGGAUCAUCAUGGGAUGCCGUGAUAUGGAGAAGUGUGAUGCAGCGGCAAAGGACAUACGAGGGAAAACGCUAAAUCCUCACGUUUAUGCGUGCCACCUCGACUUGGCCUCCAUGAAGUCUGUCCGAGAGUUUGCAGAGAAAAUAAACAGAGAAGAGAAUCGGGUGGAUGUACUGAUAAACAAUGCGGGGGUCAUGAGGUGUCCAGCAUGGAAGACAGAGGACGGCUUUGACAUGCAGUUUGGAGUUAAUCAUUUAGGCCACUUCUUGUUGACAAAUCUCUUGUUGGACAAGCUGAAAGACUCUGCCCCCAGCAGAGUGAUCAACCUGGCCUCACUCGCCCACAUUGUUGGAAAGAUUGACUUUGAGGACCUGAACUGGGAGAAGAAGAAGUUUGAUACCAAGGAGGCGUACUGUCAGAGCAAACUUGCCAAUGUUCUGUUCACCAGAGAGCUCGCCAAGCGGUUAGAAGGCACAGGGGUCUCAGUGAAUGCUGUACACCCAGGAGUCGUUGCCACGGAGCUCGGGAGACACACCGGUCUGCACCAAUCACGGUUCUCCAGCUCGGCGCUCAGUCCCUUUUUCUCCCUGCUGGUGAAGAGUCCAGAGCUGGGGGCCCAGCCUAGUGUCUAUCUGGCUGUGGCCGAGGAAAUGGAGGGGGUGACUGGGCAGUACUAUGAUGUGAUGACUGAAAAGGAACCAGCCCCUCUGGCCCUGGAUGAUGAGACAGCUCGCAGGCUGUGGGAGGUCAGCAGCAGGCUGGUGGGUCUGCAGGAGCAAGGACAGCCGAGCCUGUCAAGCCCAUCAGCAGAAGUUCAGAGUGAAGCUGGACGGACAGAUCCAGCACAGAGACUCGUGCAGAGCCCCAAACCAGACAACAGACCUGCCGGACCUUAGGUCUGCUCACACCUCUGAGCCAGCAGAGGCUAAGGAACUUUGACCUGAUCCAGGUUUUUAGAAACAGUUAAAAGUCGGAGACUCUGA